CGUGCGUUAUGCGUAUGUGCAUGUGCGUUUGCCACGAGGAUGUUAACUGUGUCUAUAUAAUUUUUAAUACAAUUACGAUACUACUCCACAACACGAGAAAAUGUCCGUGCCCGAAAAAGUGUUGAUGCGAAAAAUUAAAAAACGGGAAAAGACAAAACUAACCGUACUGAAACGCCGGGAAGAACAGAAAGAUGUAACUGAAUCGGAGAAAACAACUGAAAUAAAUCAGGGACACAUUCCUUCAGAAGACAUUCCUCCAAAAAAAAAAAGGAAGUUGAAAGCAUCCGAAGGAAAUGAAAAGUCAGAAGUAAUAGAGAAAUCCUCUGCCACUGAGAAUUUACCUGGCACAGCUGUAGGUUUUGAAUUGACAAAUGAUACAAGCUUCUCAGUAUUAAAUGAAAAAGUAUGUGAGAACACCCUGAAGGCGAUAAAGGAUAUGGGUUUUACAAAUAUGACCGAGAUACAAGCAAAAGCUAUUCCUCCUCUUUUAGAAGGAAGAGAUUUAGUUGGCGCUGCCAAAACUGGAUCUGGCAAGACUCUGGCAUUUCUCAUUCCUGCAGUUGAACUGAUUUACAAAUUGAAGUUUAUGCCGCGCAAUGGUACCGGAUGUAUUAUUAUGUCUCCCACGAGAGAACUAGCUAUGCAAACUUUUGGAGUCUUGAAAGAAUUGAUGAAAUAUCAUUAUCAUACAUACGGUCUGCUGAUGGGCGGCGCCAACAGGCAGACCGAAGCACAAAAGCUUGGAAAGGGAAUCAAUAUUAUCGUGGCAACACCGGGCCGACUACUAGAUCAUUUGCAAAACACGCCUGAUUUCUUAUACAAGAAUCUCCAGUGUCUGAUUAUUGACGAAGCUGAUCGUAUUCUGGACAUCGGCUACGAGGAAGAGUUGAAGCAAAUCAUUAACAUUCUUCCCAAGCGCCGGCAGACGAUGCUUUUCAGCGCGACGCAGACACAGAAGGUAGCGACGAUAACGACGUUAGCCCUAAAAAAAGAACCUAUAUACGUGGGGGUCGACGACGACAAGGAAAUGGCAACUGUAGAGGGCUUGCAACAAGGCUACGUAACGUGCCCGAGCGAGAAAAGAUUUCUACUUUUAUUUACCUUCUUAAAGAAGAACAAGCAGAAGAAGAUAAUGGUUUUCUUCAGUUCCUGCAUGUCCGUUAAAUAUCAUCACGAACUCUUGAACUACAUCGAUUUACCAGUAAUGAGUAUCCACGGCAAACAGAAACAGACAAAAAGAACCACGACUUUUUAUCAAUUUUGCAACGCCUCCUCCGGGAUUUUACUUUGCACUGACGUGGCCGCGAGAGGACUAGAUAUACCGGACGUUGAUUGGAUUGUGCAGUUUGACCCACCAGAUGAUCCCAAGGAAUACAUCCAUCGCGUGGGUCGAACAGCUCGCGGAGAAGGUAGCAGCGGUCAUGCUUUGUUAAUACUGCGACCAGAGGAACUUGGCUUUCUUCGUUAUCUCAAGGUAGCUCGCGUACCAGUGAACGAAUAUGAAUUCUCUUGGAAUAAAAUCGCUGAUAUACAAUUGCAGCUUGAGAAGUUGAUUUCGAAAAAUUACUUCUUACAUCAAUCGGCGAAAGAGGCGUACAAGAAUUACGUUAGAGCGUACGACUCUCAUCACUUGAAACACGUUUUUGAUGUAGAGACCUUGGAUCUGGCGAAAGUCGCCAAGUCGUUCGGAUUUACUGUACCGCCGGCAGUAGAUUUAAAAGUGGGAAUCAACAAAGCUUCACGACCUCGAAAAAGGCUCGGUGGAGGCGGUUACGGGCACUUCAAAAACAUAAACGAUCCAAAUUCGACGAAACAGGUGAAACGUGCCAAAACCUUUCGUCAAGUAGGCAAACGUAAGCAAGACAGCCGGCAAUUUACCAGAUAAUUGUCAUCUAUGCGCUUUUUACACACGCGGGUGACAGACAACGGUGUCCAAAAUAUGACACAUAGUCAAUAAUCGUAAUGACAUCGGUAUCAUAUUGUACACACAGAAUAUACAUUUACACUGGUUCAAAAAUACCUACUAUUUAUAUUGAGACACUAUCGUUUUUGGCAAUCAUGUCUGAUUUCUGUCUAUUUUUAUUUAAAAUAAAGAAAUUUAAAUAAAGAGUUUUUAAAUGUUU